AUGGCAUCAAAUAAAAAUCCAGGCGCUUGCAAAUAUCUACGUAGUCAUGCUUCUAUAGUCUCGGAAAAGCGACGGCAUUUACGUAAUUACAGAUACAUUAUUCAUCCAUUCAGUAUGUUUAGACAUUACUGGGAUUUCACAAUGAUUUUAAUUAUGAUAUGCUUGCUAUUCGCUGUUCCGCAUCAAGCUGCCUUCGAAAUAAGCCAACGCUCGCAUUACUGGACAUUUUCCAAAAAUUUCCUGCUUUUCUUCUGUUGCAUGGACGUGAUUGUUAAUUUUAUGACAGGAUAUUUUGACAAGCUGCAUCACAUCGUCGUGAUGGAGCAGAAGCAAAUAAUGAAGAGAUAUCUAAAACGUAUCUUUCUGCCAGACCUGCUGGGCUCUCUAAUGACUGACAUCGUAUUUGUUGCAGUGUGGCAAAAGUUUACAGUCACGCGGGAAUUAGCGUCUUUGAUAUGCGGAUUUCGCGUGUUCUCUCUCACUUCCUACAUAAGAAAAAUUGCCCAUGUGUAUGACGUUCCAAUAGCUCUCUACAAAGUCUGCAUCGCGAUAUUUUGGCUGGUAAUAACAUUGCACUGGCAAUCUUGCCUCUACUGGCUAAUGCCGAUAGCGACGACCUCCAUGUAUCUACCAGAACGUCCCGCGAACGGUUCCUGGCUACAUGAAUUCGAUCUUUGGGAAGAAUCUAAAGCCCGACAAUAUUUAUCCAGCCUUUUACGCGCUAUCUCCACUUUCCUUUCCUCGGGCUUUCUGCAUAGCAAACCGAGAAAUGAGACGGACCUCACGCUUGUGAUUAUCUCACAAAUCUUCGGUAGUUUGAUUAUUUGGAUUCUAAUAGCUUACGUGAGACUGUUCUUCAAGGGCGCUAACGGUUCUAAGACGAAAUAUCGAAACAUCAUAUCGCAACUCAAACAAUAUAUGAUUCAUCGGCAGCUACCGCACACGACUCAACAUCGUAUCUUAGCUUACUACGAAUUUUGCUUUCAACAGCGAUAUUUUCGCGAGAUCGAGAUUCUCAACAUAUUGUCUAUGCAGAUGCGUCAGGAAAUUAACAUGCACGCCUGUCGUAAGCUCGUGGAAAACGUCACGUUCUUUAACAAUCUGCCUCUCGCUUUACUCACGCGCAUCGUCGCCCUGCUGAAGUCUGAGAUAUUUCUAACGAACGACGUGAUUGUACGAGCCAAUCAACCAGGUGACUGUAUGUACUUUAUUGCUAUCGGCACGGUGGCGAUUUACACGAGUUCCGGCAGGGAAGUGUGUCACUUAGAGGACGGCGCGCAUUUCGGGGAGAUCGUUUUGGUGAUGCCGGAGGAGCGGAGAGUGGCCAGCGUGGUCGCUGUUGAAAUUUGCGAAUUAUAUCGUCUGGAUCGCGCUGAUUUUGCCAGAACAAUUCAUCCGUAUCCCAUGCUAUGGGAACAAAUCAAGAAAAUAGCUAUCGAGAGGCACGAAAGAACAACAAUAUUGAAUGCGGAAUAA